UAUUGAUUUUGUCUACGUUGUUUCCCCAUGGGACAUCAGUGGGCGACUGAUACAAACUUGGCAUCGUAAAAGACGCAGCUCAAGUCGACAGGGGCACUGCAUGAGACAUGAUGGAAGCUCUACAACUAUUAUCCACAUGCCUUAUCCUACCUAUCUGGCUUUGUCGAACCGACGGAAAUGACUGGUUACAGAUCUCUGAUGUCAUCCAUUCUUCUCUUGAAGGACCUCCAGUAUGGACCGCUAAAGUUAUGAACAAAUUCCAAUGUGAAAGUCUUUGUGUCAAACUGAAGUCAUGCAGUUCAGCAAGUUAUGAUCCACAGAGACGAGUGUGCCAAACAGUAGGUUCAUCAACGAAAUCCUCCCAGUAUACGCAUGGACUAAUCCACCUGAAGGAGCCCAGGCUGUUUCCUCAACACAGCCCUUGUGCAUCGUAUCCCUGUCCUCAACAGACUGUUUGCGCUGUCGUUACACCUCCUUCUGGAUACAGGUGUCUUGGUAUCGUUCCAGAAGCAGAAUGCUCUACUCCGGACGCCCUCGAAAACGGAAACUUUACUUAUACGGACACAAAAUUUAACUCGGUCCUCAUCUACAACUGUGACGUCGGUUACAACUUCAGCGGCAACAGCAACAUCGCAGUAUGCGGCGCUCUUGGACAGUGGAGGGGCUUCAGCGGAAAAUGCCAAAUAAUUGAUUGUGAUGAACCUGCCCAUCUCCUGCAUGGCAAUCGAUCCUUCAACCUCACAACGUACGGUGAAAACGCCAUCUUCUUCUGCAACACUGGGUACAACUUCAGCAGCAGCGACAACGUUGCCACGUGUGGUAGUAGUGGAGUGUGGGAAGGUGUCAGUGGCCAAUGUGAAAAAAUUACCUGUUCUGCACCAGUCGCGCUCCCCAAGGCCAACCAUUUCUUCAACAACAGCACCUACGGCGCGGUGGUGGCAUACAACUGCAGCACCGGCUACAACUUCACAGGAGAGAGCAACAGAGCGACAUGUUCAGCCUCGGGGAGAUGGGAGGGGUUAGAUGGACAGUGCAAUCUCAUCGACUGCGGUUCGGCAACUAGUCUCAACAACAGCAGCAGUACGUUUACAACAACGACGUACGGGUCAGUUGCCGUCUACACCUGCAACAUCGGCUACAACUUCUCCGGUAACAGCAACAGAGCGUCUUGUAAUGUCGAUGGCACCUGGAAUGGCGUUGAUGGAAUCUGUCAAAUUGUUGAUUGCGGCGUCCCCGGCGAAGUCGCUGACGGCAACGUGACCUACGACGAGUCCACGUAUGGUUCCAUAGCCGUGUACACUUGCAACGUUGGCUUCAACUACACCGGCAUCAGAGAGGGCGCCACCUGCGACCACACCGGCCUGUGGCAGGGCCGCGGGACAUGUCAACUCAUCGACUGCGGUCCGCCUACAAGUCUCAACAACAGCAGCAGUACGUUUACCACAACGACGUACGGGUCAGUUGCCGUCUACACCUGCAACAUCGGCUACAACUUCUCCGGUAACAGGAACAGAGCGUCUUGUAAUGUCGAUGGGACCUGGAAUGGCGUUGAUGGAAUCUGUCAAAUUGUUGAUUGCGGCGUCCCCGGCGAAGUCGCUGACGGCAACGUGACCUACGACGAGUCCACGUAUGGUUCCAUAGCCGUGUACACUUGCAACGUUGGCUUCAACUACACCGGCAUCAGAGAGGGCGCCACCUGCGACCACACCGGCCUGUGGCAGGGCCGCGGGACAUGUCAACUUGUAGAUUGUGGCGCACCUCCUGUUGUGGAGAACGCCAACGCCACCUACACCACAACGACAUUCACAGCCAACGUCACAUACGGAUGUCACACAGACUACGUCUUCACGGGGACGACGUUGGACUUGGCAUGUACCCAGACGGGGGUUUGGAUAGGAAUGGACGGACUUUGUGUAGAAUACUUUGUAAAUAUUGCGGCUGACAAACAUGCUACACAACUGAGUACCUACGGAUCAGCCACUGCCGACAAGGCGCUGUCAGGCAAAUGCGCUGAUGGAAACUACGUUAACAAGCCAUGGUGGAAAGUGGAUUUGGGCAGCGACUAUAAGAUUGACCAUCUAAGAGCUAAGCUGAGAGGCGAUUGUUGUGCAAGCCGAAUGACGACCUUGACCAAUGAGGUACAAUCAUCCAAUGGGGCGUCAACAACAACGUGCCCGAGGUCUUCCGGAUCCAUCACUGCUGGCAGCGUUUUGACGUAUAACUGUGCGGGGAAGGGCAGUUUUCGUUAUGUGACGUUCAAACUGACGGUGACUUCCGCUAUGACGCUGUGUGAUGUCAGAGUGUAUAUCAUAAACCCAUUACUCUGAGUAAAUGUUGACAUCGCAUUAAAUUGAAUCAAUAGCAAACAUA